CAAUUAAUGAUCUGGGUCUUUCUCUCCAGGGAAGUUUGUUGUGCAGAAAAUUGCUGUUGGGAUGAAGCUUUGCAGCCUUGCAGUUCUUGUAGCCGUUGUUCUCUUCUGUGAGCGGCAUGUCUUCGCGUUUCAGAGUGGCCAGGUUCUCUCUGCUCUUCCUAGAACCUCUAGGCAAGUUCAAGUUCUACAGAAUCUUACUACAACAUACGAGAUUGUUCUCUGGCAACCAGUAAUAGCUGAACUUAUUGAGAAGAAAAAACAAGUCCAGUUUUUUGUAAAUGCAUCUGAUGUAGACAAUGUGAAAACCCAUUUAAAUGAGAGCGGAAUUCCAUCCAGUGUCUUGCUGGCAGAUGUGGAAGAUCUUAUUCAACAGCAGAUUUCCAACGACACAGUCAGCCCCCGAGCCUCCACAUCGUACUAUGAACGGUAUCACUCACUAAAUGAAAUCUAUUCUUGGAUAGAACUUAUAACUGAGAGGCAUCCUGGUAUGCUUAAAAAAAUCCACAUUGGAUCCUCAUAUGAGAAGCAUCCACUUUAUGUUUUAAAGGUUUCUGGAAAAGAACAAACAGCCAAAAAUGCCAUAUGGAUUGACUGUGGAAUCCAUGCCAGAGAAUGGAUCUCUCCUGCUUUCUGCUUGUGGUUCAUUGACCAUAUAACUCGAUUCUAUGGGAUAGUAAACGAAUAUACCAAUCUUCUGAGGCACAUGGAUUUCUAUGUUAUGCCAGUGGUUAAUGUGGAUGGUUAUGACUACACAUGGAAAACGGUAGGAGAAAAGGCAAAGAAGACAAAUCAUGCUCUCCUUGGGGACAUGGGAUAUACAGCAUCUUCAAUACUCCAGGUCUUCAUUCUGCAGGUCCCUAUCACUGUUCAGUCCAUCGUCAUUCAGUCUCUAAAUAAAACGCUCACCCGACGGGAAGACACUGAUGUGCUGCAGCCGGCUCUCGUCAACGCUGGACACUUUAGCCUUUGCAUGAAUGUUGUGCUUGAGGUAAAAUACAGCCUCACAUACACAGAUGCAGGUGAAGUCAUCAAAGCCGAUCUCUCUUUGCUUCUGGGGACAGUUAGCAGUGUAGUGGUUCCACUGCAGCAAAAGUUUGAAAUUUAUUUUCUUCAGGAAAAUACCAAGCCGGUCCCUCUCAGUGGAAACCCUGGUUAUGUCGUGGGGCUCCCGUUAGCUGCUGGAUUCCAGCCUCAUAAGGGAUAUCCUUUUUGGUUCUGUAGAGGGUGGAUUUAUUCCUCUCCCCAUGUGCGUGGGCUGCACUGCUCUUUCUCGCUGAGGCUCCCCUGGGCUGCUUGUGGGAAGGAGAGAGCAGCCCCGGUGAGCUUCCUGCAGGCGGCUCUGGUGGGUGGCCAGUCUGGCUACACAGCAGAGGAAGGUGCAUCCAGUGUCUCAUGCUCGGAAGUCUACUGUGGACUUUAUCCUGAGUCAGAACCAGAAGUGAAGGCAGUGGCUAGUUUCUUGAGAAGAAAUAUCAAUCGCAUUAAAGCAUACAUCAGCAUGCAUUCAUAUGCCCAGCAUAUAGUGUUUCCAUAUUCCUAUAAUCGAAGCAAAACCAAAGACCAUGAGGAACUGUCUCUAGUAGCCAGUGAAGCAGUUCGUGCCAUUGCGAAAAUUAGUAAAAAUACCAUGUAUACACAUGGCAGUGGCUCAGAAACCUUAUACCUAGCUCCUGGAGGUGCGGAUGAUUGGCUCUAUGAUUUGGGCAUCAAAUACUCGUUUACAAUUGAACUUCGAGAUAAGGGCAGAUACGGAUUCUUGCUACCAGAGCGUUACAUCAAACCCACUUGUAGAGAAGCUUUUGCCGCAGUCACUAAAAUAGCUUGGCAUGUCAUUAGGAAUGUUUAAUGCUCUUGAUUUUGUCAUUCUGCAUUUGUAUUUUAAUUUACUGAUUCCAGCAAGACCAAAUCAUUGUACCAGAUUAUUUUUAAGUUUUAUCCGUUGUUUUGAUAAAAGAUUUUCGUAUUCCUUGGUUUUGUCAGAGAACAUAAUAAGUGCUACCUUGACAUUAAGGCAGACAAGGGUUCACGUCUUUUACCUUUUAAAAAAAAUUGUAAAAGUCUAGCUACUGACAUUUUCUUUUAUUUCCGACGUUUGACUAGCCAUCUCAAGCAAGUUUAAUAACUAGUUUCAUGCCAAUCAUUGGAUCCUACUCAACAAAAGGAAGAGUGGUCAGAAGUACAUUAAAGAUUUCUGCUCCAAGUUUUCAAUAAAUUUUCUGCUUGCGCCUUUAGAAAUACAACCACGCAUUCCGUUUGUUCCACAGUAUUUAGGCGAUGGAUGGUCCAGAAAGAAGGGGGAGUGUCAAAAACGACAAACAUCGCCUCUCAUUCCAGCUGUGCUGCUCAAUAAACACUGUUGAAC